UAAGAUUCAGCAUUAGUAAAAAUCAUCUAUUAUUCAACUUUCUUAAUUUUCUUAUUCAAAUUAGGUUUUGCAAAUUUGAGCUUCAUUCACUCAUAUAGGAAUUAGAGAUCAAUUCUUCACAAGAAACAAUAAUGAUCCACUCCAUUCCACCGUAUUAGGUUGCUCAAUUUUGAGAUUCACAUCAAAAUCUAGUCGUAUUCGCACCAUGGAAGGUAACAAAGACGAAGCAUUGCGAUGCAUCCAAAUCGCAGAAGAAGCAAUCUCAUCAGGUAACAAAUCUCGCGCUCUCAAAUUCAUCAAGAUCGCUCAGCGCCUCAACCGCGAUCUACCUCUUGAUUCCUUGUUAGCCAAAUGCGAACGACUCAAAUCACAGUCUUCUGCUUCUUCCACAAGAGGCUCUAACCCACCACCCUUGCCUAAGGUGCCUGCGAAGGAAAGGCCGGUAAGAAUCAUGAAAGAGAAUGGUUUGAAAGGUGAAAAGAAUUACAUGGAAAAGAAUGUUAAUUUGAUUAGAGAAAUUUUAUGGGAAGAUGAUUACUAUAUGAUUUUAGGGUUAGAGAAGAGUUGUUCUAUUGAAGAGAUUAGAAAAGCUUAUAAGAAAUUAUCUUUGAAAGUUCAUCCUGAUAAGAAUAAAGCACCGGGUUCGGAAGACGCAUUUAAGAAAGUUUCUAAUGCUUUUCAGUGUUUGAGUGAUGAUGGUUCAAGAAAAGAGUAUGAUCGUGGUGUUUGGGUUAAUGAAGAUGAUGAUUUGAACUUUUAUAAUAAGAAUCAUAGUUAUAAGAGAAAUGAAUGUGAUCAUGAUGAUUUGAAUUAUGAUCAGAAGCAUAGUUUUGGGAGGAGGGAUGAUACUUGCGAAGAUGAAUUUGAUCCAGAUGAUGAUAUAUUUAACUUUGAAUUAUGACAUUAACUGUGGCAUCACUGUACUUUGAAAAUUCUUUGAUGUGCAAUUUGCAAGAACAUACUCAUUGGCAUAAUAGAAGCAAUUUUUAUUAUUA